UGAUUGAUUUUUAUUUAUUCCAUGAUUGAUAGUGAUAGAUUCAUUUGUGCUGUACUCGGAAAUGCUUGCUAUAUGAAGCGGCCAGCACUGGUUAGUUGGGCUCGACCAAUGGUUGCCCAUCAGCUAUCACUCUGCGCAGGAAGGAAUCUCCACGCCUCGUGCUCUUGACUUGUCAAGCGACUCUGCUGUUUCUUGGUUGCAAGGAAAGGAAUGGAACAGGACGCGGCGAAUCUGAGCGCCGGCGCCGGCGAGGAGGAAGAGGAAGCUGCGGUGCGCGCCUCCGGCGGCGGGUUCGACUUCGACCCGACGGAGGACGAGCUGGUGCUGCACUUCCUGCGCCCGCAGCUGCGCGGGUUCCCGCCGCGCGUGGCGGGCGCCGUACUGGAGGCGGACCCCUGCGGCGCGGCGCCGUGGGAGCUGCUGGCGCGGUACGGCCUGCGGGAGCGGGGCCACUUCUUCGUGGCGCGCGGGCGGGGGCGGUCCGCCGUGCGCCGCGCCGUGAGUGGCGCCGGCGCCUGGAUGCGCAGCGCCACCAGGCUCGGGCAGUCCGUGACGGACCUCGGCGUGGUGGUGCGGUGGAGCAGGGCCAAGUUCUGCUUCUACGUGCCCCAGCCUGGGCAGGAGUCCGGGUCCGGGCAGGGGCGGCAGCUGCGGAGCGCCGGGUGGGUGCUGGAGGAGUACCAGAUCACGGACCCGCGGUGCUACCGCCGCGCCGACGAGGAGGAAGAGGACCAGUACUGGAUCCUCUGCCGUGUCAGGAGGAGCGGAGAUCAUGGGCGGCGGACAGAGUCUGAGGCUGGAGCUGGGAUGCCGCCGACGAGCUGGAACAAGGUUAUGGAGUGAGUGAUGAAGGCCACCGCCGCCGCGCACGGAAAGCAGAAAGCACGAGAUGUUUGUACUGUACUGUACUGUACGAUGAUCAUCCGUCGAAAGUUGCAACUGCCACCAAAUUGAACGCCUGCCUGCAUCUGUAAUGGCCUCAGCAGCAGUCAGCAAGGGAGGGCCUCGAUCCGUUUAUAAAUUUGUGCUCGACAGCACUGCUCUGCA